AUGAGACUGGCCAUCACGGGUUGCACGGGUCGCGUCGGACAGCGCGUCGUAAUCGCGGCGUUGAAACGAGGUCAUUCGGUCGUCGGCAUCGACAAUGUGCCCAGAGAUCUAGAGUUCAAGAACGAUCCGAAAUUCACCUUCAUCCAGACUGAUUUGCGAAAUUACGCAGGAGCGUACAACGCGUUGCAAGGGUGUGACGCGGUUGUGCAGCUCGCUGGAUGUCCUAACCCUGGAGAUUACGUCGCUGAGACGCACAAUACCAACGUUGUCAUCACUUGGAAUGUCUUACGAUCAGCUGCUGAGCACGGAAUAAACAGGAUCGCCCAAGCGUCAUCGGUGAACGUGAUUCCACUGGUAUACAGCGCGCAGCCCAGGCUUCGAUACUUUCCGAUAGAUGAAGAUCAUCCUUGUGAUCCGGACGAACCGUAUGGCCUUUCCAAAGUGAUUGCCGAAAUGCAGGCCGAUACCAUUGUUCGACGCCAUCCUUCCAUGCGGAUCGCCAGCCUCCGAUUGCAUUGGUCAUGCCCCAGCCGAGAUGCAGCGAAGCGCGGCGACCCGGGAAGGAGGAAAAAUGACCUGUGGGGAUACGUGCAAGAGGACUCGGCAGCAGAAGCGUUCCUGCUCGCGGUAUCUGGAGACAACGGCAAGUGGUCGGGACAUGAGACGUUCUUCAUCUCCGCUCCGGAUAUAGCGCACGACGAGGACACGGUAGUGCUGAAAGAGAGGUUCUGGGCGGAUGUACCCAUUCAGGAAGGGAAGGAUCUCAACGGGAGGAAAAGUUUCUUUGAUUGUACAAAGGCGAAACGACUGCUCGGAUGGAGACAUCAGAGUCCAGAGGAAUAA